AUUCUCCGUACCAUGCUCCGAAAGUCUGAUGCAUCGAUUGAUAUUCCGUCAAAAGUGAGCAGUGAAAAUUUUGCAGGAACCAAGAAAAUGUGGGAAGCCAACGCCAUGGCCAAGCCAUUGAAGGACAUUGCCGUACCGCCAAAGAUGUACUCGCUCAACCGGAAGCCUGAGCUGCCGCUGGAUAUCCGAUUGGAGGUGUUGAACAAACACAACGAGGAAGUCAGCACCAAGUUACUGGACUUGGAUUUUGUAGUUCGCCAGACCCAGGUAGAUCUCGAGAACUUGUGCGACCGGUCAAAGAACAACAACAACUACUUGAAGGACCUCAUCCAAAAGAUCCACGUGUCCAAGGAAUCGAACGAAGCCAGUGAGGAACGCUUGAACCGUUUGAGUGACAAGCUCAUGGAAAAGCUUGAGGUGCACCAGCGGUUUAAUUCUAGCCUCGAGGCUGAAAUGUUGCCGCGCUUUGAAGCCAUUGAGGCGCUAGUGAAAGAGUCUGUGUCGACAAUGACCAAGGCUAUUAGCGAAGGCGCCACAUUUCCGGAGUUGCGCGACGACAUUUGCGCGCGCAUUGGUGCGGACCUCAAGGCGCUUACGGAGCUACACAGCGAACUCAAACAGGAAACGUUUAGUAAAGCCGAGUUGAGUGCCUUGGUAGAGGGAUUACUUGUGGGGAAUACCCAGAAGUUCGAGGAAAUGGUGCAGCGACAGGCGGAUGUACAUAAAGCUGGACUUGAGACCCUUUCAGACAAUGUUAUACAAAAGCUCGGGGACGCACAAACUAGAAUUUCCGUUGAAGAGAGCUUGGAGAGCCUAGCCGAGGGUAUAAAGGGGUUGAGCGUUAAGUUGGAGUCGGAUGCUGCUGACAGAAUGACCACCAAACAUGACCUUUCCCAACAGAUAGAAUCUAUCGUGUCAGAGAUUACAGCCUCAAAAGCUGCAGCUCUCACGGGGUUUGACAUGGUGGCAGCCAGAACCAUGGAGCAGGCGACAAGUAACACCGAUGGUAUCACCAAGUUACUACACGAGGAAGCGGAGAAGAUUCUGGAAGGCACCAACUCGGCCAAUAAAACCAUCCAGGAACUUACCUCCUUCAUAAAGGAAACGCAAACUUCCAGCCACAUCGCCGUCUGUGAGGGUCUCCACUCCCUCCAGCUCAAUUUUACAGAGCUCAAGAAGCUUGUGGAUACGGGUGUACACGAGGCCAACCACCGGAGCGCGGUCGACUUGACCAAACAAAACCACGCGGCGGUUACCGACGAUUUGCAAGCCGUGGGAGACGCCUUGAAGGUGGGUAUCGGUAACCUCCACACCUCUGUUUCGUCUAUGCACGACGCGACAACCAAAACCGUGGAUGAGUCUGUCAGGCUGGCGUUGUCCUCCCUAAAAGCCGAUCUUGAUGCCCAUAGCACGUUACAGCUAGCCAACGAGCGCCUUGCCAGUGAAAAAUCCUUAUUGGAAAAGGACAAUGCCACAAAGGAUUCCCUCAUCGAGAAGUUGCAGGCGGAGCUCAGGCUCAAGGGCUUGGAGAACGAACAGCUUAGCGAACGCGUUGCGGACAUUGAAGACUUGCGGAAAGAGCAGAGAGAUUUACUGGCGGAGAUCAAGCAGCUUGUGGCGCAGAAAGUGGCGCUUGACACAACAAUGGGAAAUUUACAGGGGGUGUAUCGUACGAGGUUCGCUGAGUUCCAGGAGUUGUCCGACUCCCACUCGCAGCUUCAGGCUCGUAUCAGUGGUCUGGUGCUUGAAAAUUACAAAAACAUUUUCACCUCCACUACCAUGAUGGCCUUAUCGAAGAAGCUGAGCGAAAGCAACCGUGCUUCUUCGCCUUACGUGGAAGCUUCUAGCGGUAUGGAUGGGCUGUCACCGUUGCGAGAGUCGAGAUCCUUCUCCAACAUCCUGAAGCACGGUUCGCCGCUUAAGAAGACCCGCAUUGUGAGCUCCCCGCACUUUGACGCGCUUCCUCCACGAUUGGUCAUGGCCCCUCCGAUCGAUGAGAACGACAAGGAAAACACACUGCCAUAGGGGUCGUGAGUUGACAUGGUGAAUAAAUAUUUGGCUUGGGUAAUGUGGCACCAGCCUUUGUAGCACGGUGAAACUGUAGCCGGUUGUCAAUGGGAGGUAAUGCGGAUGCCUCGCCAAGUCUAUUUCAUGCUAAGCUGACACAUAUAAUAAUUCUUACCAACUAACAAUCCAAUCGUAUAGUAACCUUAGCUAUCCAACAUCUCCC